UGAGAAUCUGGUGGAUGCUGGACCUCGCUGCUGACGCUGUUGCUGCUGCCGUUGCUUUCACUGCGGUUGUUACUUCCCAGGGGCUACAGGAGCAUGGACUACUAAACCCCACAUUGCUGCGUGAGUUGAAUUCUUGCCACCAGGAUGGGGAAACAGAACAGCAAGCUGCGCCCUGAAGUCAUGCAGGACUUGCUGGAAAGCACGGACUUCACUGAGCACGAGAUCCAGGAGUGGUACAAGGGCUUCUUGAGAGACUGCCCCAGCGGACACUUAUCAAUGGAAGAGUUUAAGAAAAUAUACGGGAACUUUUUCCCUUAUGGGGAUGCUUCCAAAUUUGCAGAGCACGUCUUCCGCACCUUCGAUGCAAACGGAGAUGGGACAAUAGACUUUAGGGAGUUCAUCAUCGCCCUGAGCGUAACAUCGAGGGGCAAGCUUGAGCAGAAGCUCAAGUGGGCCUUCAGCAUGUACGACCUGGAUGGCAACGGCUACAUCAGCAAGGCAGAGAUGCUGGAGAUUGUACAGGCAAUCUACAAAAUGGUGUCCUCUGUCAUGAAAAUGCCUGAAGAUGAAUCAACCCCAGAGAAAAGGACAGAAAAGAUCUUCCGCCAGAUGGACACCAAUAGAGAUGGAAAGCUCUCCCUGGAAGAAUUCAUCCGAGGGGCCAAGAGCGACCCAUCCAUCGUGCGUCUCCUGCAAUGCGACCCCAGCAGUGCUGGCCAGUUCUGAGCCCUGCACCCCAAGGACGCUACAGCUGCUUGUGUCUCCUGAUUAGCGUUGAAACUUUUUUUUU